AUGGUGACCACCCCCGAUGGUCGUGAGGCCCCAACACGCUCUCCAAGUGUAUGGAUCUCCGACAGUGUGUUACGGACAGGGACGAGAUUAGAGAUCCAGGGGGCUUCUAAGCAUGCCCCUAGGGGUGUCGGUCACACUCGAAUUGAUGAGAAGGUCGGUGUGCCCAUAGCCGUUCGACUGCUAAGGUCCAGUGUCCGCCUCCAUGCACGCGGCAAUGAGCAGGACUUGGUUGGCAUCCUCGAGGUUGUCACUCGUCUCUUCGACCACUGGCCCGAGCUUGACGUGAUUGGCUCAGUAGAACUAGCCUCUCGUCAGCUUGUACCAGAACUCGUCAAGGCGGGAGGCAUCUCCACAGCCAUCCAGAGGAAAGUUCAAAAGAUAUUCUCCACGUUACUCGACCGGACCGCCUUGGAUCAACCGCUAAGUCACAAGUCGGAGAAGCUAUGGUCCAUUGCUCUUUCGAAAGUUUGCGAUGCGGCUCGUCACAGUAGACCUGAGGACCGUCACUGUGCUGUGCAACUCAUCCUCGAUACCCUCCGUGCCGUCAAUAGACUUCCCAAGCCGUUCAUUGAUAACGUUCUGAAGGCGUGGCUUACCGACGAUGCCCUGCCAGCCCUGCUUGCGGCGUGUGAUGGAGUCGACACCAAAAAUACGGCUCUCCACACCGCCGUUGCUGAGACACUCGCUAUAGUCCGGGAGAAGAUCGGCAGUAGUACGUUUGAGGACCUCUCCGCCCUGUACAGUAUCCCCAAGGUGGUCCUCCGCAAAGAAAGCAUGUCUGGCCCUCCCAGCCGAGCUCGCUACCUCCUAGGGACCGGCUCGUCCCUCACCGACCGUAUGGCUGUUGCUGCUCUACCACAGUACAGCGGGGCCAAGUGUCAUCCUAGCGUAUUCCGCAACAUAGGUCAUGCCAUCAUGGGCGUACCAUCGCAAGACCAGCCGUACAUGGUCUUAGCUCCCAACCAUAGACCACCUCCUGGUGCCCUGGGAAUAGCGAGCCGGGCCAGCACUCGUCCUGGUAGCGGCAUCGGAGUGUUUGCCCAAGAAUCACCUGUUGCUGGUCGGCCGCGACUCCCUAGUAGGAGAGGACUGAGUGCUGGAGACCACGGACUGGGUGGUCUGCAUUGCGGAGGCAUUCCUCCGUUCUCGAGAUCUCGGACCAGACCCCGGCGCCGAGAGAGGCCAGCGGCUGGCCUUACUGGAGGCGAGAAGAGCCUUUUGGAGACUAUCAAGGACAGCGAUGGUGGAGCCAGUAGUGAGCGCUCAACGGCGAGGGACAUCAAAGGGGUUGCAUGA